AUGGAGAGAAGACUCUUUGUCGCCUUAUGUGGCACUGCUUUAGCAGAGCUGUUCGUGGUUGAGGAGAAAUUCGCCGGCAGUCAAUGCACUUCCGGCCUCUAUGGGACUGGUCUAGUGCAGCCAGUAGGGAGAUGUGUUGCGAAUGGCGAAAACCAAGCCCAACAGCUGGAGUUGCUGGACAACGGCACGAGACUGCGCAUGAGCAUGUACAGGAGUGGCUACAUCAACUGCAGCGGCCUUCCAUACUUCUCUUUAUCGGAAGAGAUCAACGUUUGCUCUGGUGCAGGCGGUCAUUACAGCAGGUUUCGGCUUGAAUCGUGGGAGAGCGCUACGACGACUGUGUACUCGGCCAGCAGCUGUGACGAUAGCCAAAUCGACUACCAGAGGCACGUGAUGAUAGGGCGCUGCAUGCCAAUGGCUACUUCCAGCAGGCAGUGGCAGUGCAACAACGCCACAGCCGAGUUGCACCUGUACAACUACUCUUCAUCCGUGGAUUGUACAGGGGACGCAGAGAUUCUGGAGACAGCGCCACUGGAUCGCUGCGAAACUGGCCAAACGGCUGCCGUCAUGGCAACUUCCGACAGCUGUAAUGGGGCUAACAAAGCACAAAUGGGCAAAGCUGCCUCAGCAGACCCACCUGCAAAGCUUAUGGCCGUGCUUUGGCUGAUGUGUUUUUCUUACCGUGGCAUCUUCUGA